GUGGGUGUCCGGAAUUCGCAUUGUAUCACAUUAAGAGAAAGAGUUAGAGAAUUAGUUUGAUUCAGAGCUCAACUAUUCAAUUGACUUUCAUAAUGAACACUAUGAUUAAAGUUGUUUCUGUUCUCUGUUUUGUUGUCCUCAACUUGUCUCUGCUUGGUGUUAGUGCUGAACAUGGUCUAAGGCAUCAUUAUUACUACAAAAAAUGUCCACUGGCUGAGGCGAUUAUCGCCAAUAUGAUGAAAGAUAUUGUUCGCGAUGACCCGAGGGUUCCUCCUAGGUUGAUAAGGAUGCAUUUCCACGAUUGUUUUGUAAGGGGAUGUGAUGCAUCAGUUCUUUUAAACUCUACGCCAAAUAACAAGGCAGAAAAAGAUGCAGGUCCAAAUCUAAGCCUUAAAGCUUUUGAUGUGAUCGACAAAAUUAAAGGAGUGUUGGAGUAUCACUGCCCCGGAGUUGUUUCAUGUGCUGAUAUCCUCACGUAUGCAACUAGGGAAAGCUAAGUAAUAAGCACUAAGUUAUAGUCCUGCAGGAGAGAUAUCAAACUCUUUCAAAGAUGAAUUCUCAGUUAGGUCAUCCCAUCAAAAUAUGCAAAAUAAACCAAAGUGAUCAUCAUGAACCUUUUAUCUCGAGAGAUUCCAGUAUUGUAAAACAUCUUCCUACACAUCUCAUACAUGAUCACUGAUCAAAGAUCCUAAAUUCGUGAAAAAACAUUUUGAUCAUCACAAAGAAAUGAUCAAUCUAUUAGUAUUGUUUU